AUAUUUCCAAUCAGUUUUUGUUAAGCGACCGGACAAAUAACAAAAUGGGAAAACUUACGCUUUACGGAAUCGAUGGAAGUCCUCCAUGCCGAUCGGUAUUCCUCACCCUGAACGCCCUGGGCCUGGACUUUGAGUACAAGAUCGUGAAUCUGCUGGAGAAGGAGCACCUGAAGCCGGAGUUCCUGAAGAUCAAUCCCCUGCACACAGUGCCCACCUUGGAUGACAAUGGUUUCUACCUGUACGAUAGCCACGCCAUCAACGCCUACCUGGUGAGCAAGUACGGCAAGGACGACUCCCUCUACCCCAAGGACCUCCAGAAGAAGGCCAUCGUGGAUCAGCGUCUGCACUACGACUCCAGUGUGGUCACCAGCACGGCAAGAGCCAUCAUUGCGCCACUGCUUUGGGAGAAUAAUCUGGAGAUCCCCAAGGCCAAGAUCGACGCCCUGGAGGCCGUGUACAAGAAUCUGAACUUGUUCCUGGAGAGUGGCGAUUACCUGGCCGGCGACCAACUGACCAUUGCUGACUUCUCAGUGACUGCUGUCCUCACAGGAAUGGUCCUGUUCCUCGAAGUGGAUGCCACCAAGUACCCCAAGCUGGCCGCCUGGUUCCAGAGGAUCAAGGCACUGCCCUACUACGAGAAGGCCAAUGGCAUUCCGGCUAAGCAGCUGCUUGGCCUUAUUUCCACCAAGAAGUUUACUAUUGUCUGAUUUUUAGUUAUUUAUUGUAUAUAAAAAGUUAAUAAAUUAUUGAAAGAAA